GAAGCCGUUGCGCGCUUUAUCAACCAUGGAUUCAAACCCGCCACUCCUGUUGACAGUAAGCAGAUCCUGGUGACCAAUGGAGCAUCCUCGUCAAUUGACCUCGUUGCCUUCAAUCUGUGUGAUCCCGGCGAAGGAGUCAUCGUUCUAACACCGACGUACAUGAUGUUUAAACAUGAUCUUUGCGCACGGACAGGGAUCGAGUUCAUCGCAGUGUCGGCCGAUGUAGAUGAUCAAUUCAGCGCUAGAUACGCUCCUCAGCUCGCCAAACUACUGGAAGGCGCUAUCGUAGAGAGCCAGCGACGCGGAAUACCAGUCAAAGCGCUCUUGGUCUGCAACCCUUGCAAUCCUGUUGGACGCUGUUACUCCAAAACGACUCUGACCUACCUGGCUCGACUCUGCGGCAGUCACGGCAUGCAUCUUGUUUCCGAUGAAAUAUAUGCGAUGUCUUGUUUUGCAUCCCUCGAACCUGGCUUGGACGAGUUCUCAUCGGUACUGAGCAUUCCAGAAGACUUGAGUAAUAAUGUCCUGGCUGAGAACAUCCACUGCAUUUAUGGAGCGAGCAAAGACUUCGGUGCCGGCGGUCUUCGAUUGGGAUUCUUCGUCACCCGCAACGAGCUCCUAUGGAAGGUUUGCAGGCGACUGGCUUUGUUCACCUGGGUGACCUCUUUUUCGACGGCCUUCUUUGAGCAUUUCCUAUCCGAUCAAUGUGCAAUGACCGCGUACCUUGACCUCUACCACGUGCGACUUCGAGCUCGAUAUCUUCAGGUUACCGAGCUCUUGCGCGAGCAUGGUAUCCCAUUUGUGUCCGCCAACAGUGGCAUCUUUCUGCUCGUCAAAUUGACGAAAUGGUUGGAGUUCUUGGACAGCUCGCAUCCGAAACUGAGUCGGGAGGAACAGCUUUGCCGUCAUCUGGCAUACAAUGGUGGCGUUUUCAUGAGCCCGGGAGAGGUAAGAUAUGUUCAAGCCUUUCACACACACACUCCUUUGCCUAUACUGAACUAA